AUCUUCUCUUUGUCAAAAUCCCUACAGAAAAGGUGGUGAUAUUCCAUUACUUGCCCCGCCAUUGAUUCCAGGUGCAACACCACCACCACCACCACCACCACCAUUACCAUUAUCACAACGCAUCUCGCCCCUCGCUUGUCUUCCCGUUGAGAGUGAUGGUGGUGGCCUGGCCCGCCUGUCGGCAACCACCAUGUCUAGACCCCGGCACGGCAUGGCGACAGCCCCCCGUUGCUAUUCGGACAGACACCAACUUCGAUGAAGAAAGCGUAGUGUAGAUGGAAGAAAGCGGAGAAGCUAUUGCACUAGUACGCAAAUUUCAUCUUAUGGACUCGCGGCUUGUCAAGCUAGGUUUUGCGGGCUGUUCUCAUGUUGAAGGCCCAAGGGGAUUUCGUGAUCUCCAGACUUUGAAUGUUGUACAGGACUCAUGGGUGGAGAUCGAUCUGCUUGGGACUAAGUACUGUACAUGGGGUCGAGUGGUGAUUGUGAACGUCCCCAAAUGCCGGGCCCUCAACCAAAUGGGUCUUUUCCUUACAGCGCCACCUGGAGACCCGGGCCCCUGGGCAAGCGCCGUUCACAACCUCUGGAGGGGGGAAGGAUUUAUCCGAAAGUGAUGGUUCGCGGACGGGUGGUGUGUGUGUGAAAAUGAAACUGCCCGCUGGGAGGCAGAGCCCCCAUCUUGGUCCGCAACGAACUCCGUCUGGGCUUUGAAAACACGAGGCCUGAUUAAACGACUUUCGAUAUGUUCACAAUGUCAAGAAAGCCGGAAAGACAUUGUUCUUCAAACUAUGUUGAUAUUUUGAAUCAGCAGCUGAUCCAUGAUUUUCGACGACAAUGAAGUCAGGGAGGCAAUGGCAGAGACCACCACUGUUGCGGAGCUGAAGGACCUGCCUGGUAGGCGGUUUCGGUAUCACUGUGCGUUUGGGAUUUGUCUAUGUAGAUGAGUGGCAGUGGGCCUUAC